UAAAGAUAGCAUUCUGGCCCUAUUUUGGACAUUGUUAUCUCCAAGCUCACUCCUUUGCUAACCAGUCAAUCUCAAAUGGCCACGACACCACAAAUAAACUUGAAGCUAUUCACCGAAAAGAAUACAAAAAUAAAGUUGAAGCUACUCGUGAACAAGGCGAGGAAUGUGCUGUUUGCAGAGGCCGGAAAGGACUUUGUGGACUUCUUGUUUGGACUCCUUGGGAUGCCCCUUGGCUCCAUUAUGGCCCUUUUAAUUGAGCGCGGCAAGACUACUUUCGGAUCCUUGGGCAGUGUCUACCGGAGUGCCAGAGGCUUUGACAACAGCUAUCUGCUGCCUAACCACAAAAAUAAGGACUUCCUCUCGCGGCCCACGGCAGCCUCUUCAAGCACCAUUCAGACCCCUCCAUUCAGUAGUAGUACUUUCCCAUUAUUUGUUAGCCCAUUUGGUGUUAGUGAUCAUUUGUUUCCAAACACUCCUGCCAAGCCAGAUCAGUUGGAUGGGUAUGUUAAAGAUGUUGUGACAUACAUGGUGAUGGAUGAUCUGGUGGUGAAACCCAUGUCCACAAUAUCUAGCAUCACUCUUCUGAACACUAUUGAGGUUAAAGAUGUUGGUUGUCUUCAAGAAAUGAUAGUAGAGAUUGACAUGGAAAUGGGUUUGGAGAUAGUGCAGGCCUCCUUGUAUUCCAACACAGUCCUUUCAGAUGUUUUCCUCCCCUGAGAGAAUCAGCACUCAACUUCAAGCCAAUGCCCCUACUUGAAAUUUAGGUUUGUUUCAACUUAGUAUUAAUUAAUGGGAUUGCAAUCAAUCUUUAAUUUCACUAGUCAAGUAGGAAAAAGGCAUUGUUAGUUCCCUUUUUUAGCAUAAUAGUAGUAUUUUAACAGCUUGUUUGUAGCUUAGAGGUUGUUACUACUCUUCUUGUUAACUUGGUUGUCAGUUGUUACUUUUAUGCAAAACUACUGCUUCUCUUCUUAUGGAUGCAUAUAUUUUAAUUUGACUCCA